UUCAACAAAUGUAUGUAUUUUUUAAUUUGAAUACUUUCAAUAUUUGCUCAUUUGCCUGUCAAAUUACAAUUAAUUCAGCUUAUGUAAGUAUCUGGUUACAACAUCUGCCCAGUGUACUCAUUUAAAACAGGCUAUUAAUUUCCGUAUUUUGUUUUUAUCAAUAAUUUUGAUAUAACAAACCGCGUAAAUAAAUAUGCUUGGCAUUUCUGUCUGUUUUAUGGAAGACAGAGCUCAAAUCGAAAACAAAAACAAAACAUGAACGCGGAAUAUACCGUGUCCAUUGUGUUAAAUUAACACUUUUCGGUGUCCAUUGUGUUAAAAUUAACACUUUUCAUGCGAGUAUUCAAGAUAUUAAUAUAUUGUUGUCACACAAUUAUAAUAACAAUUGGCUCAUCCUCAGACCUAAUGAUCAAUAGUAAUUUUCAUAAAGACAUGUGUACAAUAAGUUUUGAUUGUGUAAGACCAUCCACGGAAGAAAAUGUUUGCAUUCAAUAUUUGGAAGAAAUAUUAUCAUUUUAUUUGAAAGUGUUAUUCAAUUUGCAUAAAACAAAAGUACAAACACUACGUAUCAAAAGUAUGAAUAUUUAAAAUGAUUUACAGUAAGACGAAAUACAAAUGAUUUACAGUAAGACAAAAUAAAAGUCUGAAUCAAUUCAUUACACUUUAUUUACUAUAUAAGCAAUUUCGAUUGUGUUUCAUGUCCGAUGUUAUUUUAUUUAACAAAUUAAUAUUUCAAAACAAAUACCGUUGCAAACAAUUGAGCUAGAAAAGGAAACGCCAGAAGUCUUGGCAUUAAAUUCUACCAUAUCCUCUGAAAGUGUCCCGGAUACUGACACUGAAAAAAAGAUCGCGAGCGGCAUGUCUGUGCCAACCUCACCUGAACCUAGAGAAGCUCAAAAAGAGAUACCGUUGCAAACAAUUGAGCUGGACGAUGAAAAUCCAGAAAUCUUGACCUUACAUUCUACAAUAUCCUCUGAAGAUACGUGGGAAAUUGUGACUGAUUAUUAUAACAAAGCUGUUCGCAUAUUGGAGAACAUAACUGCAACAUGUUCCGCCGUGACAUCCAAAGCUACAACUCACGACACUCAAGCUUCAAUCGAAUGUGAAGUUCCAGCGGACCCGAUGCUUAGAACUAAAGUGAACGCGCAAGCUACCAAAUCGGACUCUAUUGUACCAUGUGAGCUUUUUGCCUUGAAUUUGCAACCUCAAACACAUGGAAGUUCAUAUUCGCGAAAAGCAUACAUAAUAACUUAAAACUAUAAAAGUAAAAUUAAAUACUUCAAGCAAUCAUAACUUUCCUCAGAACUAUAUUGUUUGUUUAUUUAUCAAGCAAAAUCCUAUUCUGGUUUAACUCUUUUAGAAAAAAACAUCCCUACAAAUAUCGUUAGGAUAAUUAUCGGAUAAUAUGGAAGUUCGUCACUUUAAUGAAUGAAAAUACAGAAAUAACAGAACACAAAUGCUACUUUACAAAUAUUAUGACAAAACAUAUUUAAUGAAAUCAUUACACUUAAUCAGUUAUUAAUUCUUCAGUACAUCGAAAAUAUUGAAAUUUGUUUACGUGUUUCAAGCCCGAACGGAAACGGAAACGACGGCUACACACAGGAGAUCCUCAAACUCGCAAACACGGAACUAUACAC